AUGUCAACAGUAGCUGCAUUUGCUCUAGCCCUUGGCCUCAUUUUUGUCAACCUUACAGGGCAUUGCGAUGGCGCACUUCAGGUCGGGUUUUAUAGAGGAAAGUGUGGAUUGUUAGAUGUUGAGUCUAUUGUUAGAGCCGUUGUUACCGUAAAGUUUUUGAAAGACAGAACUAUUGCACCAGCUCUCAUUCGGAUGCAAUUUCAUGACUGCUUUGUCAAUGGAUGCGAUGCAUCGAUUCUCCUGGAUGGAAACUCCACUGAGAAAACUGCAGGUCCGAAUUUAAGUGUAAGGGGUUACGAAGUUAUUGAUGCAGUAAAGGAUGCUGUCGAGAAAUUUUGCCCUGGGGUCGUCUCUUGUGCUGAUAUCAUUGCCAUAGCAACCAGGGAUGUUGUUUACUUGAGUGGAGGAGGGAAAUACAGUGUGGAAACAGGAAGNCUGGAUUUCUUGAAUUAUGUUGAAAUAAUGUUAUUUACAAAAGACUAA